CACGGACGGAUUUUUAUUAUAACUAAUAUGAAGGCCAUCUCACGAAAGAUUAACACAAAUAAUUGUAAUAGAUUUCGUUGGAAUAUCUUACCCAAUUAUGACGAUUAUCUCAUCGGAGAAAACGAUAUUAAAAGAAGAAUGCAAAGUGAUAGUAGUUUGAUUCAAUUUAACGAUGAUGACUCUUUUAGUGGUGGACCGUGUCCGUCAUGUAGAUUAGCUAUCAACAAGGAAACUGGUAGACUCAAAUGGUGUACUGGUGAAAGUAAAGCAUGGCGCUUUCGUGUCAAACUAAUGCUCCUGAUACCCGCCGUAUUAUUGCUAAUUAUUAUAGCGUGUAUUGCUGUAUCUCGUUUUCAAGCUACAACCAAAGUAUCUAAGUCGCAAACUUUUUCCACUUAUGGAAUGCAGAACGAAUCAAAGAUCGAACAUGAUAUCUCUUGGUUUACCAGUCACAAUGACGUACAGCAUGGAAUUGAAGAAAUCGAGGAUUGGAACUUCCUGAAUAAACUUCUUGAUAUAAACAGUUACGCAGACAUGCAUCCUCGGCUUCGAUCCACAUCCCAGCGACGCAAGAGAGACAUCGAUGGGGAGACUCACACGAGGGAUGGCAUCGAAUCGGACAAUCGAGAAAAAGUUGGCGAGAUAAUCGGAACGAGCAACGCGCAGAAUGAAAAGCUGGAUAAUUUCUUAAGCGAUUAUCUAGAAGUAGAGGUUGAUGAUAUAUAUGAAAGCGGAACAAACGAUCAUCAUUAUUUCAAAUCAAUAAGAAAUGGAGAGUCAUAUUAUAUUAAUAAAUACGAACGCAUAAAUGUCGAAGAACAAUUGAAAGAGGAAUCAGUUUUGAGAAACGAAGAUAGAUUUUUUAUUUCUACUAAUGACACCGAAACAUGGUUGUCAAUGGCUGACGGACAUGAUGCUAUCGAAGAUGAUAAAAUGUCUGAUUUUCAUACAUUCUGGAAAGGCGAAGGAAUUAUUGAAAAUAUCAGAGAAACUCGAGCACAAACAAUGUUGAAAUAUAUGGAUAAAAGUGUAGAUCCGUGUGAGGAUUUCUAUCAAUAUGCUUGUGGAAAUUGGGCGAAAUUUAAUCCUAUCCCGAAGGACAAGGCUGGCUAUGAUACCUUUGAGAUACUGAGAGAAUCGCUGGAUUUCGUACUCAAAGAAUUAUUAGAAGAUCCGAUAUUGUAUAAUGUCAAUGAAUUAGAUGCCGACGAUGCUACGGUAAAGGCGAAAUAUUUGUUUCAAAGCUGCAUGAACUACGAGAUUUUGGAGCAACGUAAGGAAAGGCCACUUAUCCGACUUCUGGAUGAACUUGGUGGUUGGCCAAUUCUAAGGCCAGAAUGGAACCCCGAUAAAUUUGACUGGCUUCUCUUGACUGCCAAACUUCGAUUGUACAAUAAUGAUGUAUUAAUUUCAGAAUGGGUGGGUCCAGAUAUUAAAAAUAGCGAUAAAUACGUAAUACAGGUUGAUCAAACGUCGCUCGGACUUCCUACCAGGGAUUAUUUUCUUCAACCAUCUAACGCAGUUUAUCUAGAAGCUUAUAAGGAUUAUUUGAUAAAGAUUGCAACUUUGCUUGGUGCAUCUUUAGAUAAUGCGACCAUACAUGCUGAAGAAUUAGUUGAAUUUGAAACGCAGCUUGCGACAAUUACAUCGUCACCUGACGAAAGACGAAAUUUUUCGGAGCUCUAUCAACGAAUGAGUAUAGGUGAACUCAAGAUACUCGUGCCACAAAUUGAUUGGCAUCGUUAUUUAUCGAUCGUCUUGACUCGAGAAGUAAAUUUUUCUGAGCCAGUUAUCAUCUUCGCAUUACAAUAUAUUCAAAAUUUAAUUGUUUUACUUUCAAAGACACAACCUAGAACAGUGGCGAAUUAUCUUUUAUGGAGAUUUGUACGACACAGAGUGAACAAUCUGGACGAUCGUUUCCAGGAGGUUAAACAAAAAUUCUAUUACAUUCUAUUCGGUAGAGAGCAAGCGCCAUUAAGAUGGAAAAACUGUGUAACUCAAGUCAAUUCUAAUAUGGGUAUGGCAGUUGGUUCAAUGUUCGUCAAAAAAUAUUUCGACGAAAAUAGUAAAAACGAUACAUUAUCAAUGACUCGAGAGAUACAGCGAUCAUUUAGAGAAUUACUUAAUAAAACCAAUUGGAUCGACAUCGAUACAAAGCGUUUGGCAACUGAAAAAGUAAAUGCUAUGUCGCUAAGAAUCGGUUAUCCAGAUUUUAUCCUACAGCCACAUCUAUUGAAUGAACGUUAUAAGGAUGUUGUAAUACGACCAGAUAAGUAUUUUGAAAACACUUUAAAUAUUUUGCAACAUAUUUCUCGAGUUGAACAAAAUCGUCUUGGCAACACUGUCAAUAAAACUUUAUGGAAUACUGCUCCAGCGAUCGUGAACGCUUAUUACAGUCGCAACAAGAAUCAAAUAAUGUUUCCAGCGGGCAUACUGCAGCCUCCUUUUUAUCACAGAUUUUUUCCACGAAGUUUAAAUUAUGGCGGAAUUGGCGUCGUGAUUGGACAUGAAAUUACUCAUGGAUUUGAUGAUAAAGGUAGAUUGUUCGACAAGGAUGGGAAUCUUCAUAGAUGGUGGAAAGACGAAGCAAUCGAUGGUUUUCACCAAAGAGCACAAUGUCUUAUCGAUCAAUAUGCACGUUACACCGUAACAGAAGUUGAUAUGCAGAUUGACGGUGUUAAUACGCAAGGGGAAAAUAUUGCCGAUAAUGGCGGUAUUAAGCAAGCAUUUAGGGCAUAUGAAAGAUGGUUACGUUUGAACAAAGAGGAAGACGAGACAUUACCUGGAAUAAGUGCGACAGGUAAACAAUUAUUCUUUUUAAAUUUUGCUCAAGUUUGGUGCGGUUCAAUGCGUCCCGAGGCAACUAGAAAUAAACUAAAAACAGCUGUACAUUCGCCUGGUAAAUUUCGAGUAAUCGGAACACUUCGCAAUUCCGAGGAAUUUGCUCAAGUAUUUAAUUGCCCUCUUGGUUCUCCAAUGAAUCCUACGAAUAAGUGUUCGAUAUGGUAAAAUACACACACACACACACACACACACAUAUAUAUGUGUGUAUAACUUGCGUUGGAUCUACAUUAACAUAAUUUAUCCCGACUAUAAUCCAUAUAUAUAAUGAAACGCAGCUUAUUUAAGUGGACUUUUAAUUCAUCUAAAAAAGACUUUAACAAUUUCCAAAUGUUUAAAAUAGAAAAUAAUAUCAAUUUAAUGCAUUUAACAUAUUUUGUACAUUAUUCAUUAUUCUAUGAUUCUAUAUUA